AUGGCAACUCCGGACGUCAGUGUUCACAUGGAGGAGGUGGUGGUGGUGACAACACCCGACGGUGCGGUGGAUGGAAGCGGUGUGGAGGAGGUGAAGACGGUGCUGGUCACCACCAACCUGUCCCAGCACGGCGGCGACAUAAAUGAAGACACGCUGGAGACCGAAAAUGCAGCUGCUGCAGCUGCUGCUGCCUUACAACUGAAGGAAGCGGUCCUAGUGAAGAUGGCUGAAGAUGAGGACAGUUUGGAGGCAGAGAUUGUCUACCCCAUCACCUGCGGGGACAGCAAAGCCAACCUUAUCUGGAGAAAGUUCGUGUGUCCUGGGAUCAACGUGAAGUGUGUGCAGUUUGAUGAUCACCUCAUUAGUCCCAAGGAGUUUGUCCACUUGGCGGGCAAGUCGACCCUGAAGGAUUGGAAGCGGGCGAUCCGGAUGAACGGGAUCAUGCUCCGGAAGAUCAUGGACUCAGGAGAGCUGGAUUUCUACCAGCACACAAAGGUCUGUUCCAACACGUGUCGGAGCACCAAAAUUGACCUGACUGGAGCCAGGGUGUCCUUGACCAGCCAGACAUCGACUGAGUACAUCCCUCUCACUCCCGCCUCUGCGGAUGUGAACGGAUCCCCGGCUACAAUUACCAUAGAAACAUGUGAGGAUGCCAGCGACUGGAGCACCAGCAUCGGAGAUGACACCUUUGCUUUCUGGCGAGGCCUGAAGGACACUGGUCUGCUGGAAGAAGUGAUCCAGGAGUUCCACCAGGAGCUGGUGGAGACCAUGAAGGGCUUGCAGCAGCGAGCACAGGAUCCCCCACUGCAGCUUGGUGAUGCUGUUUUACUCAACAACGUAGUCCAGAACUUCGGGAUGUUGGAUCUGGUCAAGAAGGUCCUGGCCAGUCACAAGUGUCAGAUGGAUCGCUCGAGGGAGCAGUACACACGGGAUUUGGCAGCUCUGGAGCAGCAGUGUGACGAGCACCGCAAGCGAGCAAAGGAGCUGAAGCACAAAGCACAGCAUCUCAACAACGUCCUGAUGACCCUCACACCCGUCUCCGUCCCCGCACCUUUAAAACGCCCCAGGCUGACCAGGGCCACCUCCGGACCCGCUGCCAUCACCUCGCAGGUGCUGUCGCAGCCGACGGUGCUGGCCUCCGCCGGCUCCACCUUCCCCGGGACGGUGGAGAUCCACCCGGACGCUUCCAACCUGACGGUGCUGAGCACGGCCGCCGUGCAGGACGGCAGCACGGUCGUGAAGGUGGGGAGCCCCUUCCAGCUGCAAAAAACCAUCCAGAACGUGACACAAAGGGCUUCCGGCGGGAGCACGGUUGUGACUGUCCCAUCCGGUGCCACUGAGGCCACCGGGGAGGAACACGCCGCCGCCGCCAUCGAGGUGACCGCAGUGGCUGAUGAGGCGGAGCAGAAGUGA